GUAUAAUGGUAUAUAUUAUUAAUUACAAAAUUAAUCAAUGGUAUUAAUUUAAAUAAAAUAUUUAAAAUUUUUAGAAAGAUUUUGUUAGAUUUUUUCUGAACAUUUUGUUAUAACUAAAAAUAAAAUUUAAAUUUACAGUUAAAAUUGAUUUGUUAUUAAUAUCUUUAUAGAUUUAAUAGAUUAAUAUAAAUAAUUAAAUAAAUGUAAUUAAUGAAAUGUACCUAAUAAGGCUAGUAUGACUUUUUUAUAGUAGAUAAAAAUGGUACUUCUCUUUUAAUAGAGAAGAUGGCUAAUUAUGUUCAAAUGUUUGCUUUAUAAAAAUAUAUGUAAAUUAACAUAAAAUGUCGAUAUAUACAUAGUCUUAUUGGUUAGUGCCCCACACCAAAAACAAUCCUGCGUCCGCCCUUAUUAUACAUAGUCUCUUUAUAUACAAGAGAGAGAGCUAGGGCAUCACAAGAAUAGUAAAUAUACAUAUAUUGAGUAUCCAUAAAUAGAUAUAUACUAAGAUCACUCUUGAUUAUGAUUGAUCUCCAAUUGUAAGAAUAAAUUUACUAUUUUUUGUUAAACAAUAACUAGAGAAUUGUCGACUAGUGACUUAAUACGUUUUGUGCAUUCACCGCCCAACAAACUGAUAGAGAUGGAUAACGGUACGUUUAGUUCAAGUUGAUGAGGUCAAGAGUCUGCUUUAACCACAAAGUUUAAUGUAGGCCACUCCCACACAAUGAUAGAUUGUCAAGUUCGUAGACUUUUGCGUUGAUUAUUACGUGCGUUUCUUUCCAUGCUAGAAAAGUCCAAUCCAAAUGUAUACCCAAACACUUAGUCCAAUAAAUCACUAUAAAUCAUCAAACUUCUGUAAAUUCAUUUUCAUAUUCCAAAGAGAGAAAAUCAAUAAGAGAGAUUAUAAAAAUGGGUUUGAAUGUCCAUCAACUUCUACCCAAUUUUACUCUUCGGUCAUUAUUUCUUCUUCUUGUAUUGUUUUCCCUUUCAACAUUUUCCAUUAGUGGGACAACUUCUUUUUCGUUAAAUAUUGACAGAGAAGCUUUGCUCUCGUUCAGGUCCCAAAUAAGCCAAAACCCACACUCAGUUUCUUUCUCUUGGGACCAAAACACAUCUCCAUGUAAUUGGACUGGCGUGACAUGCAAUACACGUAACAAGAGAGUGAUUUCUAUCAACCUCUCUGGUCAUCGUCUCACUGGUUCCAUAAGCCCAAGUAUUGGUAAUAUCUCUUUUCUCACAUCGCUUCAACUUCAAAAUAACCAACUUGGAGGUUUAAUUCCAAAAGAGAUCAAAAAUCUUUUUCGUCUAAGGGUUCUUAAUUUAAGCUCUAACAGCUUAGAAGGAUCCUUACCUUCCAACCUAAGCAAGUUGAUAGAGCUACGAGUUCUUGAUCUAACCUCAAACAAGAUCACGGGUCUCGUUCCAAAAAAACUUGGUGAUCUCAAGAACCUAAAUAUUUUAAACUUGGGAAAAAAUCGGUUACAUGGACCAAUUCCACCAUAUCUUUCAAACAUAUCAUCUCUCACCAUUUUAAGCCUAGGCACAAACUUUCUUAGUGGUCCAGUUCCUUUCGAGUUGGGUCGUCUCCAAAGGCUACAAGUCCUUGAUGCCACCAUAAACAACCUCACCGGAGAAAUCCCUCCAUCUAUUUACAACAUCUCGUCACUAGAAUCGUUAGCCCUUGCUUCAAACAGCUUAUGCGGUCAAUUUCCUAGCAACAUUGGAGACAUACUUCCAAAACUCUUGGUUUUCAACAUGUGUUUCAACAAGUUCACCGGAGAGAUUCCAGCUUCUCUAUACAACCUCACUAAAAUUAAGGUGAUCCGUGCUGCGUUCAACCAUUUAGAAGGGACCAUAACAUCAGGAUUAGGCAAUCUCCCAUUCCUAGAAAUGUACAACAUUGGAUUCAAUUUAGUUAAGGGUAGAGAUCAAGAUCUUGAUAGUUUCAUCAAGUCUUUGAGUAAUAGUUCCCAGCUUGACUUCCUGGGAUUUAAUGGAAAUCUCUUGGAGGGUGUUAUUCCGGUAUCUAUUGGUAAUCUUUCCAAGCAUCUUUCUACACUUUUAAUGGGAGGAAACCGCUUCAGCGGAAAAAUUCCGGAGUCCAUCGGCUAUCUAACAGGAUUGAGUCUGCUUAACAUAAGUGACAAUUCACUUACUGGUGAAAUCCCUCAAGAUAUUGGGAAACUGAAAGAUUUGCAAGAGUUAGAACUAGCAAGAAAUAAGCUUACUGGAAGAAUUCCAGAUUCUAUUGGUGAUCUUGGCGGGUUAAAUGAGAUCAAUCUAUCGCACAACAAAAUACAAGGUAGGAUCCCACCAUCAUUUGAAAACUUCAAGAAUAUGUUAUCCAUGGAUCUAUCCAGCAAUAUGCUAAAUGGAAGCAUACCAAAUGGAGUUCUUAACCUACCUAGCUUGAGUGCCGUCUUGAAUCUAUCUAGCAACCUAUUUUCUGGUCCAAUUCCUCAAGAUAUAAGUUACCUCGAAAGCCUUGUGAGUCUAGAUCUCUCUAGUAACAACUUCUCAGGCCACAUCCCUUCAUCUAUCAAAGAUUGUCAAAGCUUGGAGAAGCUAAACAUGGCUGGCAAUAAUCUAGACGGACCAAUCCCGGAUGCAUUAGCAGAAGUAAAAGGUCUAGAGUUUCUUGAUCUCUCUUCAAACCAGCUUUCCGGUGUUAUUCCUCCAAAACUUCAAGAUUUACAAGCAAUGAAAUUCUUGAAUAUUUCAUUCAACAAUCUUGAAGGAUGGGUCCCAAGCCGUGGAGUUUUCAAAGAUCGUUCUAAAGCUUAUAUGGAGGGGAAUCCAAAGCUCUGCAUUCACACUUGUCGAAAAACUCGGACGCACAGAAAGCUUUUGAAAGUUAGAAUUAUUACAUGUGUGGUUGGUCUGAUUGCAAUAUGUGUGAUAAGUUUCUUGAUUUGGAAAAGAAAGGAAAAAAAGUCUUCCACAUCUACAUCAUCAUCAUCAUCUUCACUCCUCAAGGAACCAUUUAUGAAUGUCUCAUAUGAUGAGCUCAGGAGAGCUACUGAGAAUUUCAACCCUACAAAUAUUCUUGGUGUUGGAAGCUUUGGAUCGGUAUUCAAAGGGGUGAUACGAGGGGUUGAUGUUGCGGUGAAAGUCAUUGAUCCCAAGGCAAACGGAUACUACAAAGGCUUUAUAGCAGAGUGUGAGGCUUUAAGGAAUGUAAGGCACAGGAAUCUUGUGAAACUAGUAACUUCUUGUUCAAGCAUAGACUUCAAAAACAAUGAGUUUUUGGCUUUGGUCUAUGAGUUUUUAAGCAAUGGAAGCUUGGAAGAAUGGAUCAAAGGUAAACAUAGAAAACCUGAUGGGAGUGUUGGGUUAAGUCUUGAAGAAAGAGUGAAUGUAGCCAUUGACAUUGCAUCUGCAUUGGAUUAUUUGCACAAUGAUUGUGAAGUUCAUGUGGUUCAUUGUGAUCUAAAACCUAGCAAUAUUCUUCUAACCGAAGACAUGGUUGCAAAGGUCGGCGAUUUUGGGUUGGCUCGUGUGUUGUUUGAUGCAUCCGAUGAUCGUCAUCACGCUUCUAUAAGCUCCACACAUGUCUUGAAAGGCUCCAUUGGUUAUAUUCCUCCAGAGUAUGGGCUUGGAGAAAAGCCAUCACAAGCAGGAGAUGUAUAUAGCUUUGGAGUGAUGUUGUUAGAGCUCUUGAGUGGAAAAAGCCCAAUGGACGAGUGCUUCGAAGGAGAUCAAAAUCUAAUAUCAUGGAUAAGUUAUGGGUUUCAAAGUAAUGCAAUUAUGGAAGUGAUUGAUCCUAAACUUAAGGGACUCAUCGAUGUUUCUGGUGCACAACUUCAUGCAAAACUUGAUUGCCUUAAGAAAACUAUUGAAGUUGGCUUGGCUUGUACUGCGUAUGCAGCUAGCGAACGGAUGAAAAUGAGAGAUGUGCUACGUUUGUUGAAAGAGGCCAAGGGCAUGCUUAUCAAGGGAAACUAAUUAAUUAUAUUUUCCUAUUAGUUAUUUUAAGUGAAUAUAUAAGUUUUCUUUUGUCGGGAAUAUAUGUUUAUCUUAUCUCUUUAGUUACAAUUUUUGUUGAAUAAGGGUCAUUCUGUAGUAAAAACUUGUUGCUUGUAAUUUUCUGAAAAUAAGGAUGUUGAAUAGCAGUAGUAUUGUGGCAAACUUCAAAAACCCGUUGUCUCAACUAAUGUCUAUAAAUCAUGUUGUUUUGUGAAA